AUGCUGUGGUGCAACCCCACGCUGCUGCUGCGGGGCCCAGAGGCCAAAGAACUGGAGGGGAAAACUGAACGAAGAAAAGGGAGUUUGGACCAAAAAUGUGGAGUUUGGGACCAAAAAGGGGAAGUUUGGGGCAAAAAAGAGGCAGUUUGGACCCAAAAAGGGGCACUUUUGGCAGAAAAAAAUGGGAAUUUAAGCCCAAAAAGGGACAGUUUUGACCCGAAAAGGGGGUCCCAGGAGUAUUUUAGGGGGUUCCAGAGUGAUGGGAGAGCUCAGGAGGAGCUGACAGGGUCCCACACAGACUGGCUGACACUCAAUGUGGGAGGCAGGUACUUCACCACUACAAGAAGCACUUUGGUUAACAAAAAGAACCUGACGCAUAUGUUUAAAGAUAAAGAUGCUUGGGGGAACAAGCAGGAUCAUAGAGGAGCAUUCCUAAUUGACCGCAGUCUUGAGUAUUUUGAGUCCAUUUUGAACUAUUUACGUCACGGACAGCUCAUUGUAAAUGAUGGCAUUAAUUUGCUAGGUGUCCUGCAGGAAGCCAGGUUUUUUGGUAUUGAUUCGCUAAUCAAACACCUGGAAAUAGCCAUGAAGAAUUCCCAGCCAGCUGAGGAUCACUCUCCCACCUCUCAGAAGGAGUUUGUCCGGUUCCUGCUGGCAACAACCCCCAAGUCCGAGUUGCGCUGUCAGGGUCUCAGUUUCAGUGGAGCGGAUCUUUCCCACCUGGAUCUUUGCUACAUCAACUUCAAGGUGGCCAAUCUGAGCCGCUGCAACCUGGCCCAUGCCAACUUGUGCUGUGCCAGCCUGGAGAGGGCUGACCUGUCAGGCUCUGUGCUGAAUUGUGCCAACAAACAGUCCCUGGAAUACUCCUGUUCCAAUGCAGAGGGAGCGUCCCUGAAAGGCUGCAGCUUUGAGGACCCAUCAGGCCUUAAAGCUAAUUCGGAAGGUGCCGACCUGAAAGGAGUGGCCAUGGAGAGCAGUCAGAUGACAGGAAUUAACCUCCGAGUUGCAAUGCUGAGAAAAGCCAAACUAAAGAAC